AUGGCACUCGCUGGAGAAAACAAUUGGACUGCAGCCCUCAAAAGUGUCUGCACUCGUUUCGUCCCCACCGUUGAAAUGAUCUUGUCCCGCUCAAUGUUGGCCCUGAUGACCCUUAUGUUACUCUCUACGUGCUUCAACCCGAAAAGGCUCCAUACACUCCUACUCUCAGACCCUCCUCAAGAGACACACUCACGGCUUGACCCUGAUUGGGCGGUUCUUUACACGUCUGGUUUCGCGUACUCUGUCGUCGCGGGGGUUGCCACUGCCGAGGGCUACAGUUGUUAUAGCCUGGUUUGCGUUUUCGUAUCUGCUACAAUGCUACUCUUAUUGUGUCUGGUGACACCACCCUAUACGCUCCCAUCCAUGUCCUCAACACUUAUCGUAUCGGCCACUCCCCAUCUAUUGACCCAUUGGAUUGUUCGAGGUCACUGGAAGAGGUUCGAAGUCCAUGUCAACAUCAAUGAUGUUCAAGACUGGGUUAGGACUAUCACUGGCCAGGCCCGACAAGGCCAACUCUGA